UAUGGUCAUUGGUUCCAGAAUUUUGCGCUAGGAAAACUCGUCAUCUUACAUAUGCAAGGUUUUGUUAUAUUAUCAGUGUGGUGGCAUUUUUUCUCGGUCACCUUUUUCCCCCUGUCAUGAGAGAAACUAUUUUUUACCCUAAGUAUAGCUUGCCAUUUGGUGAUUGUCACGUGACUUACACACACGUUCGUUUGCCUAGAACUGGCCUAGACAAGACGAGCACACAAUUGUCUUAUAACAAGAAAUAGCAUCAUUUUGCUAAAUUUAGCGUCAGUGCAUGCAAACUUUCCUUGGCGUAUCAAUUCAACCAGGUGAUUGGAUUUUUCAGACUCCGACUUUUUUCGUGAAAAUUUGCUUGUUUGAACGCAACAACGAAAGUAGGUCACACUGUCAGCUGUUUUCAAACAAUACCUGUAGGGGGUAGCAAGGGCUUUUUUGUUGACAGUUGGUGUUGAACUCUCAGGAGGGAGGUCUAUUGGGCAUUGCCUAAGAAAGUUUACCGGAGGACAAAGCAGUGUCCUUAUUUAACCUCCUUAGAAUUUUAGUACUGAAUACUUGUGGGAAAAAAUUACACAGAGGAAAAAGGAUCUGUUCAUAGAAAUUGUACAGCAAAAAGGAAUGGGGGAUCCACCAGAAGAGGGACCUACGCCUUUCUUGCCUCUCGUUGGAAUACAUAUCAAUCCUAUGGAGGGGCAGAGUUUUUCAUCCCAGUCUGAGGAAUCACCAAAGAAACACCUUUUGCCUUUGCCAGAUGCACCUUACUCUGAGGCUAGUUCGGCCAACUCUUUGAACCCAAUCUGUCGAAUAUGCCAUAUGCCAGACACAGCCCAGGAUGCACUGAUCUCACCGUGCAGGUGCUCAGGAACCCUUCAGUUUAUACAUGUCACAUGUUUAAAGAGAUGGUUGGAAGUUUGCUCACGCAAGACUAGGAAGCCACCCAAGUGUGAGCUGUGUCAUUACCAGUUUCAUCGGCACAAGAAGUUCAAAUGUAACCACUUCAGACUCCCGAGGGUAAAUGGACGAGACAAAAUCCUCCACAGCGUCUUUCUCAUCAAUGUCAUUGUCAUGCUGUCCUGUGCAGUCAUUACUGUUAUGUGUUUUCUGUCAGAUAAGGGCCAGAUCAGCAAAUUCCCUCGCAACAAAGUUGACUUGACAACAGAGGAGAUAGUUACCCUGAUUUGUGGGGUUUUAUUUUUCGUUUCCUUCUUCAUUGCCAUGUCAGUUCAAAUCAAAGCAAAACAUACAGUCUACCAGCUGAUCGUUAAGUUUAUAAUGCAGAAUAUGCAGUGGGAGAUUGAGGAGUACGACAAGGGCAAGGAUUGUGAAGAUGUUCAAGGCCAUCCUGUGCUGGUGUGACCUUUUGGGAAACUAUACAAAUACACUAUCUGUAUGGAAGUAUUACACCUUAUCUCAAUGAUGGAUUGACAUACUUUAUCUUAAAUUGCUACUUAUAUUUAGGGGGUGGAAAAAUCAUCCUGAAUUUCAAAUUUUAAUUUGAAAUUCUCAGUAUUUCUACAGACACUAGAUCAUAUUGGGAAAUAUUAAGAUCUGCCAAUUUGUAUGGGCAAGCUCUCCUGAACAUACUUGAUCAGGGCUAUAAAGGCUUGUCUCAGAUUUUAGUAGGGUAAGAGGUAGAUCAGGUAUAUAGCUGACAUUAGCUUGAGUUUGUUAAACCUUGAUUGCUUGUAUAUCUGCACAGUUAUCAGUUUUCUUUAAAUGCUGUCAAAGCAGUUGAAGUCCACAUAUAUCAAGGACAGUGGAAGUGCACAUUGCAUGUAAGACUUUGUAUAAGUAUAGAAGUUAUAUAUGAAGGUGCACCUUGGUGACAAAAUAAUCUGUUCGUUCCUGAUAUCAUAGUGCUCCCAUAUGUAGUUAGUUUGUUGUGCUUGAAGCCAGCAUCAAGCUUUUGUCACAGGUAGUCACAAUGAUGAGUCAAGUCUGUUUUUAUAUCAUGCUUAUAUAAACAAUGUAUGAAGUAACAUGGGUUAAAGGUAUACUAUAGGCAUUUGGAAAUGUCCCAAAGUUACAAUUUUAUGUCUAAAUAUCCUGCAGAGGUACUAAUCUUCUCCAAUUCAGGCCAUAGAAAUGAUAAAAUCCCUCAGAUAAAAGUUUGAUGUUAAUGUAUCCUUGUUGAGAAGACAUAGCUGUCUUAACUAAGCCAGAUUUAUUUAAAAGUAACUUAUUUAAUAUGAAAUGGCACAAAACUUUGAAUUGGUGUGCAGGGAUAGGCAAGCAAUGAUUCCUGAAUAAAAUGAGAUUUGGCAUGAAAACCCUAUAUAGAAUACCUUGUACUUGUUUACAGGAGGUGGUCACCUUGUUCCGCAGAGCAAUGCUAGGUUGUUUUUUUUUUAGUUGAAAUAAUGUCCAUUCAUUGAAAUUCUGUCAAUUUUGAUAUACAUAAAGCUCUGUUUUGCUGAUGUUCAUGUUGUUUUAGCAUAUGAAGUACGAUGUGUUAAUUUUAGAGUGAGCACAUUUAACAGAUGUGCAACCAUGAUAUUUAGAAUACCCACACCUGACUGAUUAAGAAAAACAUUGCCUGUAAUAAGCACAAGGAGUUUUAUAUCCUGUUUUGUGAGUGAUAAGAUAAACUUUAUAGGUUUCAAGACUGACAGUGAUUGCUACAAGAGGUUUGCACUUAAUUGAGGCAUAUUUUGAAAUGGGAUAUUUUCAAGGUCAAGUGACACAAGUUCUAUUUUUUCUGGAAUGUAAUACUUCAAAACAAAAUAAGAGCAUGGUAUCAAAAGAGGCGAAAAUCAUGAUAUUAUUUUUUUAUGCUUUUGUUAUGAGUCCAUUGAAUCUUGUAAUGAUAUUGUCACAAGAUGUCUUUGUUGAAUUUUAAUUUCAUUGUAACAUGAGCUUGCUUCAUUAUAUUAUUGCUUUAAGGAAAGACCAGCAUCACUGUAUAUAGAUUUAAUGGUAAAUGCACCAUUUUGUUGUUAUUACAGAUUUACUCCUUGCCUCAUAAAAAAAUUAAAUAUUCUUGACAGCUUAUAAAAAUUAGUGAUGUUAUACAGUGAAGAAGGCAACUACAUGUUCACAAAUGCAUAAUAACAUGUUGCAUGGUGUUUUAAUAUGAUUUUAAAGAAAACUAUCAGUAGGUUAUAACAGCUUGUUUUAUUCCCUACAUAUAUUCCAGGAUAUGUAGGAUUAUGAUUAUAAUGACAAAAUGCAAUAGAAAUACUUUGCACACAUCAGAUAGAUUAGGCAUUUCUAUGUAAAAACCAGCACCCAUGCCAUACCCAUUUUGUUUAUUAUAUACAGGUGUAUUUUUCCUGUCUAAAAGCUUGCCAAAGGAAAUGAUACUCUUAAAAAGCCUUAAGCUGUGUAAUUCUUCAUUAUUGCUUUGCCUGAAAGGUUCCAUAAAAUGGACAGAAAGGAUGGCUAAAUUAUUUGAUUUUCUUAAACCAUAGUGGUGCUACUAUACAGAUAGAUCUGUGAGAAUAACAGUUUUGCUAAAUAUGAUUCUGUUUGCUUUGAUGUGAUGUAAAUAGCUGAAACGGUCAUGAUAAACCACUUCUGUUCCAAAAAAUAAAAAACUGUAAUUCAGUUGAUUUAGUAUAAGAAUGAAUCACAAGGACCAACAGCUAGUUUUGGUACUUUCUUCUGUAGGAAGUAUUUAUGACCUCCGAGUGGUUGCAUUACCAGGAUUAACUGAAACUUGAUUGUAAUUUGUAAGAGUUACUGCAAAUGAUGGUGUAUUAUUUGCGGCUCAGAUACCCUGAUUUUUUCAGAGGUGGGUUUGUAGUUAGACCGUGAAUACUGUGAAGGUUACCAAACUGUAAAUAACUGUAACAUUUUUUUUUUUCAUGCACAUGGAAGCAUUGGGACUUUUUUUCUUGUUUUUCCAAAUGAGUGUGCCUAAUUAUGAAAAAGACUUCAUAGGACUGCUGUUCACCAUAUGUAUAUAUAAUAUUUACAGUGGUUUUGACUCUUAAACACCAGCAAAUACCACACCUAACACCGUCAAAAUUAUUUGUGUAGUUCUUACAACUAUAGCAAGCUUUGCAAUUGUAUUUGCUCAAUAUUUUCACUGAUAUUUCCCAGAGCAGCAAACAAAACAGCCUAUGAAACUUAUUCGGCUGCUGGGCAGUCACUCACUCAUUCAUACUUUCUUAGUAUCUUUCAGUAUAUUGUUAUAGAUGUUAGACAAUUGUAAAUAGACAUCUUGGGAAUACUAGAUCAUGACUUUUAAUUAUUCUUAGAAGUUUUAAAUGGAUUUGCUCUAUUUUUAUCAUUAAAAUCUUAAAUAAAGAACAUGCUUCA